AUGGGAAACAGACAGAAAACAACAUCAUGCUCCGAGUCGCCCAUUUUGCGUGCUUCAUUAUCAGAAUUCAAAAGUUCUCCACAGGAAGGAAUCCCGACAAUCCGUGAUGAUGAUUUUAAUGCUGCCUCUGCUUCAAGUCUUAUACAAACAAUAGCCAUAGCAUAUGAAACACCUCCAAAUCCCGUGUGUGAUACAAAAAGAUAUGACCCUGCAGAGCUGUUAAGAGAAACAUUGAAAACAAAAGCCGUGUCCUUAGAAGCGGAUACAAUGUUCACGGCCAACGUGUCAAAAUCAGACCCUUUUGGAGCUUUUCCAUCAGUUAUCGGGACACGAGCAUAUUUGAUGGGAAAACCAUCAGCUUCAAAGCACUGGAAUACCUCCCGUGGAGUCUGUACAGAAUCCAACGUCACAUGCUCCCAAGCAUCUGAUAUUUGGCCUCCAUCAUUUUCAUGGAUGACCAUUAUAGCCCCUUCAUAUCGUUCAGCUUCCCGCAAAAUAUCAUCUUUAAGCCUAGCUUCCAUUCGUUCUUCUCUCAUAUUGUGCCAGAAUACUGGACGGCCACCUUUCGAGCUUCCAAUCCUUUGGAUGACCAAUCGAAUUCCAUCAACUGUGGGAAUAGCAACGCCGUACACUGGAAAUCCAGCCUAUAGCAUCCCUGUUAAUGUACCAGCCACCUUCUUCAUCAAUACGAUUAAUAAGGACAUAGAAUGUGAUGAACCUAGAAAAGUCAAAGUUCAGGCGAUUGCAUUGCCAAAGAACAUUAAAUUUCUUGCUGAUAUAAUAUUUAGGCGAUAA